ACUCCGCCGUGCCGCCGUACGGUGGCCGCGCCUAGCCGCGGAUACCCACUCCUCCACUCUCAGCCUCCACACGAUGAUCACGCUCACAGGGCGCAAGCGACAACCUUCAAUCAGGAAGGCCAUUACGUAUGAGUGAGAUGUCUGGUCGUUAUGAAUGGGGAAAUCUGGCAAGUUUACAUUGACACUGACCCUCUGUUCUAAAGAACACGCACUGUUCUGGGGGUAUUGAUUGAUUGAUGGACACCUAAUCAACUGCACGUGCACCGAUAAGACCCCCUGGAUCUGUCAGACCGUCAGAGUCCAUCUUGUAGGGCGCGCCAGUUCAGCCCAUUACCUAAGGGAACCUUAUACUCUUCGGUCCUAAGCGCACAUGACACAAGGCUCGGUGUACACGAGCUAUUACGUGACGAAACCAAGAGUACCUAUAAAGUCUGGGCCACACGCCCAACACCGAUUCCUUGAUGAUAACGACGCCCGUGUUAUACAGAGCGCCACGCUUAUCAACAACAAGAGCAUUCGCCAGGAUGGUCACCUCUACUACUGUCCAAACGAGAUAUUUGAGCAACACACCGGUCAAUCAUGAGGCGGCUCCUGCGGCAGCACCAGCUCAUCAUGAGAAAAGGGGCGGUUUAAAGGCGAUAGACGAUAUCCUGGCACGACGGGCCAAGGCGGGCAAGCUGGUAGCCGGCAUCGCGGCCGCCUCGAACAGUGACAUGUUCAAAGGCUCUACGGAAGGCAUGCCCUCAGCGAAGAGGUGGGACGACCACCUCACUCGGGAAAGCCGUGCGCGUGGACCCUGUACCUUGAAGCAAGCAGCGAAGCAUCUCAAGCAGCCUGGGAUCAUCUCACUCGGCGGCGGUCUCCCCUCCAGCCAGGUCUUCCCCUUUGCCUCCCUGUCCAUGAAAGUGCCCACGGUGCCCAACUUUCACGAGGCCGACACGUUGACCAAUGGACAAACCCUCAGCAUCGGCAAGUAUGACGUCCGCGACGAGGUGGCGGACUACGACCUCUCUAUAGCCCUCAACUACGGACAGAGCACCGGGUCGGCGCAGAUGAUGCGGUUCCUGACCGAGCACACCGAGAUCAUCUGCCAACCGCCGUACAAGGACUGGGGCGUGUGCCAGACGGUGGGCAGCACGGGCGCCUUGGAGCAGGCGCUGCGGAUGUUCUGCGACAAGGACAGGAACGACUCCGUCUUGACCGAGGAUUUCAGCUUCUCCACGGCCCUGGAGACGAUCCACCCCCUUGGCGUCCAUGUCUUUGGCGCGGCCAUUGAUGACCAAGGCUUACUGCCAGAGGCCAUGGACGAGAUGCUCACCAACUGGGACACGUCGGCCAGGGACGGGGCCAGGAAACCUCACGUCCUCUACACCGUACCCUCCGGCCAGAACCCAACAGGUGCCACCCAGAGCGCCGAGCGACGAAGGGCUAUCUAUGCCGUAGCACAAAAACACGACCUCUUCAUCAUCGAGGACGAGCCGUACUACUUUCUCCAGAUGAAGGCCUACCCCUCAGAUGCGCAGGCUGCGGCCGCCCCGUCCCCGCCGGAAUCCGUCCAAGACUUUGUCGACUCCCUCCUCCCGACGCUAGUCAGCCUCGACACGGACGGUCGGGUCCUGCGCAUGGACUCCUUCUCCAAGGUGCUCGUGCCCGGCUCCCGACUCGGCUGGAUCGUGGCCUCGGCGCAGAUUGUCGAGCGCUUCCAGCGCCACGCCGAGGUGGCCAACCAAGGGCCGAACGGGUUCUCCCAGGUGAUCCUGCACAAGCUGCUGGACGAGACAUGGGGCCACGAGGGCUACCUGAAGUGGUUGAUGAACCUGCGGCUGGAGUACACGGCCAAGAGGAACACCCUCCUGGCGGCGUGCGAGGAGCAUCUGCCGCGGGGGCUAGUGAGCUGGACACCGCCCGUCGCCGGCAUGUUUAUGUGGUUUACUGUUGAUCACGCACAGCACCCUGACGCGGGGAAGCGGGAUCUCAAGGCUAUAGAGGAGGAGAUUUUCGACUCGUGCAUCCAGAACGGCGUUCUCAUCGCCAGAGGCUCCUGGUUCCAGACAGAGAAAGAGAAGCCCCUGUCGGGUCUGCACUUUCGUGCGACAUAUGCGUCGGCGAGCGCCGAGAGCAUGAGUGAGGCCAUUAGUCGGUUCGCCGCCGCGGUGCGCAAGAGCUUUAGAAAGGCGUAAGAAAAAUAAAAUAAGAAUGAAAUUCAUU